AUGGGAGGCCGGGCGAAGCUGCUAGGCGCGCUGAUGCUGGUGCUGCUCUGCGUGGUCGCGUGCUUUCAGGGCGCCUGCUGCGCCGGUGGUUCUUUUGGCGGCGGUGGAGGCGGUGGGAGGGGAGGAGGCGGAGGCUUCUCCGGUGGAGGGGGAGGGCGGGGAGGAGGCAUCUCCGCUGGAGGGGGCGCGGGCGGCGGUGGUGGUGCGAGGGGAGGAGGCGGAGGCUCUGCAGGGAGCGGCGGGAGGAGCACCGGCGGGUCUGGAAGCGGUUCCGGGAGCGGCGGUAGGAGCACCAGCGGGUCCGGAUCAAGCGGCGGGAAAGGAGGAGGGUACGGUCGGCCGGCUGCGGGAAUAGCUGCCGGUGCUGCGGCCGGCGGCAUCAUUGGUGCCACCACGGCGGCUGCCGCGGGAUCGCAAGGAACGAGCAGCGCUGCGGGUGAACCUCGUGGCUACGGCGCCUGGAGGGCGUCCGCUGCCGGCGCCGCUGCUCUUGCGGCUGCCGCGGUCGUCUUGGGCGGAUGA